GAUUUGUCCCGAGCCCUGUGCCGCCCACCACACCGCUGCAGCCCAAGGCCAUGGCCACAGCCUUCGCACUCUUUGCCGGGGUCCUGCUCCCCUGCUGGGGUGCCUUCCCGCAGUUUAAAAGGGAGGUGACGAAGAUGAACGGGGCUUGGUGCUCCCACCACUCUGAGUGCUCCAGUGAUUGCUGCCUCAUGAACUUGGACUACGGUGGCACCUUCUGUGCCCCCAAGGCCAGAAGGACCAUGGUGUGCUUGCCUCAGACCAAGGGAGCCACCAACAUCAUAUGUCCCUGCCAGCUGGGCCUGGCUUGCGUAUCCAAGGACCUGAACUGUCCCCGCCGGUGCCAUUUGAUUUAGAGGAGGAUGUGGGCUCUUCACCGCCAUCCUCCCUGGGGCCAGGGGCCUGGGGAGUCCCCACCUUGUUCAAAAUCCAGCUCCUGAAACAUUAAAGUCACU